GAUAAUGUCAACGUCAAAUUGAAAAAAUUAUAAAUGUCGAAUUUUAAAUGGGAUGUGAUAAAGAUAAAUUAAUGUUUAUUUUCAUUUGAAAAAUUGUGAAAUUUAAAAAAUUGUUAGUUCUACUGGAACUUUAAUGUCUUCCGAUAAAAUGGGUUCGUCGAGGAGAAAAAAAGGAUGUCCGGAUCGAGUGAAACCGUCAGAUUAUUGUUCCAAAGAAGAAAAAGAGAGUAAACGAGGGGGUAAAAAACGUACGUCCAAUAAAAGAGAGAAAACAAAAAAUUCAAACGAAAAACAAAGCGGAAAAAGAUGUAUUAGACCGGGGCCGAAAACGAGAAACCCUUUUUUGAAUUUCCUUAGGGACGUCAGAAAACGCCAUUGCGAAUGGUCGAUAACGAAAAUAGCCAUAGAGGGCGCUAAAUGUUGGUGCAGAAUGCCCAAACACGAAAAACAAAAAUAUUACAACGAAGCUUGCAGUAUGCAGAAGAAAAGUAAGAAAAAUAAAAAGGAAAAAACACACAGAAACGUCAAAAAACACUCGAGUAGAUCUAAAAAACGAUGCUGAUUAUUUCGGAAAAUUUUAAAGCAAAUAAAAGUUUUUGUCUCUUCAAA